AUGCAUCGUGCAUACUCAUUAGCCAUCUUAAACAUUGAGCCUAAAUGCUAUGAAGAUGCCAUACUUAAACCUUGUUGGCAAGAGGCCAUCCGAACUGAAUUGGAUGCUCUAAAUGAGAACAAAACUUGGACAUUGACUUCCCUUCCAAGUGGUAAGAAGGCGAUUGGUUGUAAGUGGAUCUUUAGGGUCAAAUAUCACCCUGAUAGUAGUGUUGAGCAACACAAGGCUCGCCUCGUGGCAAAGGAGUUCACUCAAGUCCCCGGAAUUGACUAUAAAGACACGUUUAGUCCCGUUAUCAAGCUAGGAACACUGCGGGUUGUUUUGGCACUGGCUGUUGUCAAGGGAUAG